AUGACGUUCAUGAUGAAACGCUUGACGAAAAAAUUGUGUUUCUAUUGUGUACUGGCAAUACUCUUGGUUUGCCUGUUUAAUGUCUUGACGUCCAAGAACGGUGAUUCAGAAAUCGAUUUGAAGCAAUAUGACGAGAUUUUCAAGACUUAUUAUACAUACUCUAAUGAUAGUGAUUUGAAUGGUCCAAAAGUAUCCAUGGAUAACUCAAAUCUUGUAAGAAAAUUGCGAGAGAAAUUCCUAGUCAAACCUAUUGAAGAAAAUAAAGGCCGUAGAACUCGUUACAAUUUAAUUGACAUGUCGUUAAUAGAUCCGUCAAUGGGACAAGCUGCUGAAAUAGCCAAGAUCAUUGAUUAUACAAAAGGAGGUUUUUUUAUCGAAUGCGGAGCUUUGGACGGAGAAACAAGAUCUAAUACAUUAUACUUUGAACGGUAUUAUGGAUGGGUGGGAUUACUUAUUGAAGCAGAUCCUUUAAAUUUUGUGAAAAUGUUAAAAAAAGGUCGUAGAGCAUAUUUAUCACCUACUUGUCUUAGUGUCAAUCCUUAUCCUGAAAUUGUUUCUUUUCUUCAACGUAGUAAUAUGGGUCGGAUAGCAAAUGAUGAGGUUGUAGAAGACGAAGUAAUGUCCGAUGAUUAUGGGAAAAAGAAAUCACCUAUUGUUAAUGUACAAUGUUUUCCAUUCUAUACAUAUCUUUUAGCAUUAAAUAUAACGGUAAUAGAUUAUUUCAGCUUAGAUGUCGAAGGAUCAGAAUUGAAUGUAUUAAAAACUAUUCCAUUUGAUAAGAUCGAUAUACGAACUUUAUCAGUUGAAUUUUUCCAUGUAAAAGAAGGCGACGAUGGUGUAAGAACGUACUUGGAAGAUAAAGGGUAUAUAGUAACUGGAAAAGUAACAAGGCAGGAUCGAUUAGCAAAUGAUUACAUAUUUGCAAAACCAUCAGCCCUAACACAAAAUCUAUCAUUUUAUGUAACCUAA